AGAGAGAAAUCUUCUUGCAGUUGAUAUUGUGGUUAGUUCUUAGAAUUUAUAGAAGCUUACGAUAUUGUUUGUAGGGAUUGCAUGGAUAAGACUAGAAAUUAAAAAAGAAUAAUACAAGUUUUUCCUUUCAUAUAAAAGCUCAAGUUUCAGUUAUAUUAAAAUACAAAAUUGACUUAAAAUCUGCAAAGUACAAUUGAGUAAAUGCCUUGACUCUAUGUCUAUAUAGACAAUCAAGAAGUGUUAAAUAGGAAUAUAAAUUGAAAAACGUUCACAAAAAUGCUGAGAACGUUUCAGCGAGUGUUGCCUGUGGGGAAUUCAAUUUGCGUGAUGAUGUUGUUGAUGAUAAUGGAUGCGAAUGCGAAUGCAGCGACGCCAGCAACAUGGAUGUUUACCAAAUAGAGCUGGAGGCACCGGCACCGGCACAACUACGCUCCCAUCUGCUGAUCGACACUGUGGCAAAGAACCUGGGCCAGCCGACACGCCCACAGCAGCAACAGCAGCAACAACAGCAACAACAGCAGCAGCAGCGGCAGCAGCAGCAGCAGGACGACGACAAUAAUAUUGCAGAUCUAGACGCUGAGGAGGAGGAGCAGCAGCAACAGCAGGCGGGGGACGACGGGGAAGAGGAAGAGGACGAGGAAGAAGAGGACGACGAGGAGGAGCAGGACGAGGUCGAGGAAGAAGAAGCGGAGGAGGUGCGACAACAGCAGGAGGAGGAGGCGGAAGAGAACGAAGCACUGCCGGAAGUCAGUUUUGAUGCAAAUUCUGAUUUCAAUUUGCAUUUCUUUGACACGCCCGAAGAUUCAUCCACACAAGGCGCAUAUAGCGAAGCGGCCAGUCUAGACUCGGAGCCCGAGGACGAACAGGAGCAGCAAUUGUUGCAGCAGCAGCAGCAGCAGCAGCUGGCAACUGGCACCGCACAGGAGCUGCAACAUUGCCUCAGUGCCAUCGAAGCGGAUCCGCUGCAAUUGCUGCAGUGCGAGAGCUUCUACAGCGCGACGCCAGCAACAGUUGCCGUUGCGCAGCAGCAGCUACAGCAGCAGCAACUGCACCCGCAGCAACAGCAGCAGCAGCAGCAGCACUUGAGCUGCACGGCUCUGAGCAAUGGUGGAGGUGCUCUGUACGCCAUCAGCAGUGUGCAUCAGUUCGGUCCCGCCAGCAACAGCUCCAGCUCGGCCGGCGCCCAUUCCUCACCGGACAGCGGGCGCAGCAGCGGCGGCGGCUGUUGCUCCUCCAGCUCCAGCUCGGCCACGGUCUCAUCCUCAUCAUCAUCCACGUCGUCUGCAUCCAGUGCCGACAGCAACAGCAGCAGCAGCAGCAACAGCAGCAACAGCUCCAGCUACAGUCACGCGGCAACCGCUGCAACUGUUGCGCAUCUGAGCAAAGGACACGCAGGUAUGCCACAUCAACACUCGCAGCAGCAGCAGCAGCAGCAACACGGGCAGCAGCAGCACGCGCAGCAGCAACAGUUGCAACACAAGCAACAACAACAGCAGCUCGCCAACAACAACAACAACAGCAGCAACAGCAGCAACAACAACGGCAACAACGGCGUCUCCUCGAAGUCGUUUGUGCCCUGCAAAGUUUGCGGCGACAAGGCAUCGGGCUAUCAUUAUGGUGUAACCUCCUGCGAGGGUUGCAAGGGCUUCUUUCGUCGCAGCAUCCAAAAGCAAAUCGAAUACCGCUGCCUGCGCGACGGCAAGUGCCUGGUGAUACGCCUGAAUCGGAAUCGCUGUCAAUAUUGCCGCUUCAAGAAAUGCCUCUCGGCUGGCAUGAGCCGUGACUCUGUGCGUUAUGGUCGCGUACCCAAGCGUUCACGUGAGCUGAACGGUGCGGCAGCAGCAGCAGCCGCUGCAACAGCAUCAGCAGCCAGCGCGCCCCUAAAUGUGGAUGAAACCAGUGCCAAUAAUUUGCAUACAAAUCUAAUACAGCAACAACAGCAGCAACAACAACAACAACAGCAGCAACAGCAGCAGCCGCAUGCGAGCAGCGUGCAGCGCGUAAAUACACCAAGUACACCACAAACGCCACAAAUGUGUUCGAUAGCCUCGUCGCCAUCGGAGCUGGGCGGUUGCAAUAGUGCCAACAACAACAACAACAGCAACAGCAACAACAAUAGCGGCAAUAACAACAGCAAUGCAACAGCUGUGUUGUGGGCAACCAUCAUCAGCAAUUGGUCAGCAUGGGCAGCAGCGGGGACAUGGCCAUGACCCAGGUGGGCUGUGCCAUCCGCACGAUCAUCACGACAGCCUUGCCGGCACGGCCAACGAGCUGACCGUCUACGAUGUGAUCAUGUGCGUCUCGCAGGCGCAUCGCUCAAUUGCUCCUACACCGAGGAGUUGACACGCGAACUGAUGCGACGUCCAGUGACGGUGCCACAAAACGGGAUUGUCACCACGGUGGCGGAGAGCCUCGAGUUUCAAAAGAUCUGGCUGUGGCAGCAGUUCUCGGCGCGCGUCACGCCCGGCGUGCAGCGGAUUGUGGAGUUCGCGAAACGCGUACCCGGCUUCUGUGAUUUCACCCAGGACGACCAACUGAUACUCAUCAAGCUGGGAUUCUUUGAGGUGUGGCUGACGCAUGUCGCCCGCCUCAUCAAUGAUACGACGCUGACGCUGGACGAUGGCGCAUAUCUGACCCGACAGCAGCUCGAGAUACUCUACGAUUCGGAUUUUGUGAACGCCCUGCUGAACUUUGCCAACACGCUAAACGCAUAUGGUCUGAGCGACACAGAGAUUGGUCUGUUCUCCGCGAUGGUGCUGCUGGCAUCGGAUCGGACGGGCCUCAGUGAGCCGAAGGUGAUUGCCCGUGCCCGGGAGCUGGUGGCGGAGGCGUUGCGUGUUCAGAUACUGCGCUCGCGAGCGGGCUCAACGCAGGCGCUGCAGCUGAUGCCGGCGCUGGAGGCUAAAAUACCGGAGCUGCGCUCACUGGGCGCCAAGCACUUCUCACAUCUCGACUGGCUGCGAAUGAACUGGACCAAGCUGCGCCUGCCGCCGCUCUUUGCCGAGAUCUUCGACAUACCCAAGGCGGACGACGAGCUGUAGAUCCCACAAAUGUUCUACAAUCUGUAUGUUUAAGUAAUUAGCGUUUAACUAAGAGUUGGCAGCAUUAGAUACAACUAUCCGACAUUAAAGCAAAAGGCAACCAAUUUAUCAGAUACAAGAUACAAGAUACAGAUACAUAGUUAACUACAACUACAACUAAAACUAAAACUAAAACUAAUGUAAUGCAUUAAAUAUUUAGCAAUGUUGAAGGCGUUCGCAAACAUUUGAAGCAAACACACACCAACACUCACACACACACACACUCACACACACACACCUGCACACCUGCGAUUAUAGACUUUGAGAUACUUUUAACUGAGAAAUGUUUUUGUUAAUUUUGAAAUCAUUCUAAAGCAGCUUGAGCACUAGCCGUACAUACUUCAUGCGCAACAUAAGAUUUAUUUAUUUCAUUGUCAAGCUCAUCAAAUCAUGCCCUAUAAAUCGAAUCGAACCUAUCCAUAAUCCCGCUUCCCAACACGAUCCCCACAUUAUUUGCAACUUUUCAAAGAAACAAAAAUAAAACUAAAAAAAAAAAAACUCGACUGAAAAGCGAGCGUUCAAGUUCGAAAA